GUGAGAGAGACAGUGGCCAUGAUAUAGCCUCACUAACACACACUUUCCUCUCCUUCCUCAGGGGCUUCGGCAAGCAGGGUUACCAGUGCCAGAUCUGCAGCUUCGUGGUACAUAAACGUUGUCAUGAGUUCGUCACCUUCAAAUGCCCCGGGCGGGACAAGGGCGCAGACUCUGACGACACCCGCACAAAGCACAAGUUCCGGACGCAGACAUAUGGGUCGCCCACCUUCUGUGACCACUGCGGCUCCCUCCUCUACGGCAUCAUCCACCAGGGGAUGCGCUGCGAAGCAUGUAACAUGAACGUCCACAAGCGAUGUACUGAGAGUGUACCCAACUUGUGCGGCUGUGACCACACUGAGAGGAGGGGCCGUGUCGAGCUUAAGAUCAUCUGUAUGGGCAACAAGCUUACUGCUGAGAUCCGUGGAGCCAAGAACCUCAUUCCCAUGGAUCCCAACGGCUUGUCUGACCCCUACAUCAAGAUGAAGCUGAUCCCUGGCACUGACAACAUGAAGAUGAAGACCAAGACAAUCAAGGCCACGCUUAACCCUGUGUGGAAUGAGACACUGACAUGCGAGUUGAAGCCUGAGGACAAGGACCGCCGCCUGCUGGUGGAGUGCUGGGAUUGGGAUCGUACUUCCCGUAAUGACUUCAUGGGCUCCAUGUCCUUCGGCAUCACCGAGAUCAUCAAGUCCCCCGUGGAGGGCUGGUUCAAGUUCCUGACGGAGGACGAGGGAGAGUUCUACAACGUGCCCUGCCCACCUGAGGGUGCCGACAUCUCCGUGCUCAAGGAGAAGUUUAGGAAGACAUCGAUCACCAAGAAGACGCCAUCCACGACCGAUAACCACAUCCCUCACAACAUGAACAAGCGCGACAUUAUCCGCGCCACCGACUUCAACUACCUCAUGGUACUUGGCAAGGGAUCGUUCGGCAAGGUGCUGUUGGCUGAACGUAAGGGAACGGAUGAUCUCUAUGCCAUUAAAAUCUUGAAGAAGGACAUCAUCAUCCAGGACGAUGACGUAGAAUGUACCAUGAUAGAGAAGAGAGUACUCGCCCUGGCCAACAAGCCUCCCUUCCUUGUCCAGCUCCACUCCUGUUUCCAGACUAUGGACCGGUUAUACUUUGUGAUGGAGUACGUGAAUGGCGGUGAUCUCAUGUUCCAGAUCCAACAGUGUGGCAAGUUCAAGGAGCCUGUUGCUGUGUUCUAUGCAGCAGAGAUCGCUAUCGGGCUUUUCUUCAUGCACUCUCGCAGCAUCGUCUACCGUGAUCUGAAACUGGACAAUGUGCUCUUGGAUCAGGAUGGACACAUUAAGAUUGCUGAUUUUGGUAUGUGUAAGGAAGGGAUUUCGGGUGAGAGAACUACCAAGACUUUCUGUGGAACACCAGACUACAUUGCCCCGGAGAUUAUUUUGUACCAGCCAUAUGGUAAGAGCGUAGACUGGUGGGCGUAUGGAGUCCUGUUGUAUGAGAUGUUGGUUGGGCAGCCACCAUUUGAUGGGGAAGAUGAAGAGGAACUCUUUGCUGCCAUUACUGACCAUAAUGUUUCAUACCCCAAGUCACUUUCCAAAGAAUCUAAGGAUUGCUGCAAGGGUUUCCUCACCAAGUUGCCCCUGAAGCGACUAGGCUGUAGCCCCAAGGGUGAAGAGGAUGUGCGGACACAUCCUUUCUUCAGGAGAAUUGACUGGGAGAAGUUAGAGAAUCGAGAAGUUCAGCCACCUUUCAAGCCUAAGAUUACCAAUCCACGCCUUGGCGAGAACUUUGAUCCUGUGUUCCGCAAUGCCCGGCUGGAGUUCUCCCCUGCAGAUAAAAAGAUCAUGGAACACUUGGACCCUGAUGCUUUCCAUGCAUUCACCUACACCAAUCCAUUCUAUCAACCCGUGCUCGAUGAGAUUCUCCUCCCUGAUGAGGACUAAAUAACGCCACACUUGUCUUUCAUCUUGCCAAUACCCUGAAGCCAUUGAUUUGAUGUCAGAAAGUGAAUAUGACCACCAGAUCCUCCACAAACACCCUCAAGUCCAGCAGAGCAACAUCUGGCUCACCUGCCAAACUUACCACCUAGAUAAUCAUCAUGUCUGCCAUCCACCUGUGCCUGAUCGGCCAAAUGAAAGACUUGAUUAUUUGAUAACCAUUACAUGCGGAUAUGAGUCAUAUAUCUUCCUUUUGGAGUUGUCAAGUAAGCAAAGGCUAGAGGUAAUAAUGUCACAGUUCUGGAAAAUAUAGUUAUUGCCUCCUGUUUACUGAUGCAUUUUCCUAAUGUAGACUUUAUAGAGAUAUUUGAAUUGCAUCUUUAGACAUUAAGUUGGUAUAGGCAUCCUACACUCUACAUUAAGCCAAUCCUUGGAAGUAACAUUUUUCUGCAACACCGUCAGGGAUAAGAAAACUUCAGUAGACUGUAAAAUGGUCAUUAGAUUUUGUUGUGUUGGGGUAAUUUUAGGGUCAUAAGUGGCUGCUCUUACCCCAUUCAAUUUUUCAUAAUUAUUUAUCCUUGCAUUUAGGGUUUAGAUUUGUUGAUCAGAGCCCUAUGUCACCCGUGGAUGUCAGCUGCUGGCCAUCCAUGGCUGAACCUUGACUGCACCAUCUUCCUUGCCAUCUGCAUAUGUUUGACGUGCAUUUCUCAGUGAACAUUAACAAACUGAAAACUGAUUUUAAUCCUCUUAUACCCAAGUCUUCCCUCAUAGUUUGGUUAGAUUGUCUUGUAGGAUUAAGUAUGUUAUAUGCUUAAUAGAUUUCAUCCAUUGUUUAAGUACUGUACUACUGGUGUGGAUGAUGACCACCAUGCCGUCAUUUACAAGGCCCCAAUCACUGUGGCCCACAUGAUUUGGUCCGGAUAGUGUGACCCAUUCAGAAUGGCCCAGGUAGUGUGACCCACUCAACAUGGUCCAUUUGGUAUGCCCCACUGUAAAUGGCCCAUUUCGUUUGGCCCACUCAGCAUGUCCCUGGAACCCACUCAGUAUGGCUUAUUCAUUACAUCCCACUCAACAUAACCCAGUUGUUGUGGUCCACUCAUCUUGACCAUAGAUUAAUGCAGUCCAUGUACAUGGCCCAGUUAGUGUGGCCCAUUCAAUAUGGCCCAGUUAGCAUGGCCCACUCAACAUGGCCCAUCUGGUAUGGCCCACUCAACAGGCCUUGGUGUGCAGAACCCCAUCAGUGUGAUCAAAUGUGUAGAUUGUUUUUCCUUGGGGGACCCCAGGUAGUUUAUUAAUACAGUACUACUAUUUCAUGCACAAUUUUCAUCUAAAUUCAGCAGUAGUGGUUUGUAAUUGUUAGUUCUCUACCAGCCGUUUCUUCUAUGCUCAUUGGUCUCUUGAGCUGAUUGUUAGUUCCUAACUGGUUGUUAUUCUUUGACCAGUUGUUAGUUGUCAACCAGUUGUUGGAUUUGGACUGGCUGUAGGUUCUCUGAUAAUAUUAGCUUCAGUAUGUUGUUAAAUUUUGAGUAUUUGUUAGUUCUUGUCACAGAAAUAAAUUUUAAUAAGGCAUUUGGUACAGAAGUAACUAGUGGCAUAGAAUUAAUGACUACCUUCCAUUUUUCUAAUUCAGCUGCUCCUUAGGCUUGCACUUGUGGGAUUUUGUUUGCCCAAAGUUACAAGCCUAGAAUUAUGUGAUUAGGGUCACAUGCCCAAAAUUUACGUGUUGGAGGUUUGUGUGUCUCUCCUUCUAUCACUGUAUAAUCCUGUUUUGAGAGGUAUGCAAGCAGUAUUGUUGAAACUAUAUAAUCUGUGAAGGGUGGUUAUGGCAGAUAUGCCAAUAAUACUAGAGUAUUUGUUGUUUUGUCAUUAGAAAAUUAAGUAGCCAAUCUUGUAGUGAGGACACCAGAGUGGUAGGUUUUAGAGGAUAUGUUGUGGUAAAAAUAUUGUUGGUGAAGUAUAAUGAAGCCCUGUUGUGAUGUUUUUUGACUUUCACUCUAAAUAUAAGUGUGCAUGUAAUCACAGAAAAGACUUCAUUUAGUCUAAUGUUGAACUUCAUAGAUUUUUAUGUGGUGUAUGUAGUAUUGACUUUAAUUGUAGAAUCAUUGAUCAGGUUAGGACAACAUCUGUGGUUAGUCGUAUUUGGUCAUGAAUUAAUUAUUGCAAAGCAAUUAUUGUUCAGAACUACAUUUAGACAAAAGCAUUACACAAAUCAUGUAUAUGGUUAAAUGUUAUCUCAUGUGUUGACAAGACUAUCGCAUUGAUCUUCCUAUAUGAUAACUGUUAGAAAUAAGUGUCUUAACUCCUUAAAAAUUACAGUAUGUAUAGAUGUUAUCCUUUUACAAUGUUUCCAAAAGAUCCUGUGAUUUAAAGCAUUUAAAAAAAACUGCAUAUAAUAUAGUAAUGUAGUUGGCACUCCAUGCAGUGGUGAUGUAGCAUUCUCUACAUUGGUAUUGCAACACCCUCUACAGUGGUAUAGGAUUCUCUACAGUGGUACAGUAGUGUAGCACCCUCUUCACAGGUUGUGAUGCACCCUCUGUCCUGGAUGGUGAAGUAUCCACUGCAGUAUAUUAUUACUACACAGUGGUGUAUCACUUGACAGUGGUGGGUUAGCAUCCUCUAGAGUGGUAGCAGCACUGUCUACACAGUGGUAGUAGAGCAACCUCAGUAGUAGUGAUAUAGCAGCUUCUGUAUUAUGAGGGUAGGACUCUCUCCAUGAGGAGUGAGAGGAGCCAGCAUUGGAGAUGUAACAUUCCACACUUGUUGAUAGACACUAUUAUUAAGGUGGUGCACAAUAACCUUUUGUGCAAUUUGUUUGAGUGAGAAAGUCUCAGAAGUAAGUCCAUCAUGUGUUUUAUUUAUUUUUCUAAUUGAAGCACAAGUAUCAGGAAUCAUCUUUAUUUUGUAGUAUUUUUUAAUUCUUUUUUUUUAUUAUAAGUAGUGUGAGUUAUCCUUCAGCUUUUGAUAAACAUUGUUGAUAUUAAUUUAAAAGUUGAUAAAACAGGUAGCAGUAUGAUUAUGGUGAAAAGUUUAUAUACAUAUAUUUUUAGGAGAACAUUGAAGCUUAAAUCCUCUUGUUAAUCAUUUAACCAUCCCCAUCUGUAAAAGUUUUGUCAGCUUUGUUGUAGAAGUUGUCAUGUCCCUGACUGUUGGGAGGUCUGAGUAACUCUUUAAGUGUCCACCAAACUCUGGUAUAUUUUGAUACAUUCUUAUAUUACCACUGUCCACGUGACUAUAUUGAGCCCAGGUAUAAACAUCAGAUCAAAAUAUUCUAGGGUUUAGCAAAGGUUUACAGCUGACACAGGCCUCCCAAUUCCCCAAAAUCAGUUAAGUGUUCAGAUUGUUAUGGACAUGCACAGUAUUCACUGCAGAAUAUAACAUAGCACCAAGACUGUCUGUUUAUCCCUACUUGAAACUAAUAAUAGAUUUGUUUUAAUUUUCUCAAACUGACCUGAAGUAUAAAACUCCCUUAUGGGUUAUACCAGUUAAACACUAAACAGUAGAUGUAAUAACUUUAUUUUAGAUACCAAACCAGAUGUAGUAAAGCAGUACUGUAUUGAUUUGCAGUAUCCUAGAAAAUUUUAUACUAUUACCCAUGAUACUGCUAGGCACGAAGUGUGUCAUUCCUUUGCGACAAAUAUCAAGUUGAAAUUUUGGAAAAGAUCCCCCAAAAAUAGGAAAACACUUUUUAUCGGUUAGUUGAGCUAUAUUCAUGAUCUUGCAGGACUACGACUAGUAGGCUGUUUAGGAGGUACCUGUGUUCAGGUGUUUUGCUUUCAUGUAAUACUUAAACAUUCCCACUUCUGCAAAGAAUCACUUAGUCUGAUAUUCUACAUCAAAGUCACUUUCCCAGGUCUCAAGCUUGGGGAUACACGUACAGUAGCCUGUUCUUGAGCAUUACAUUGUCAGAAUGUUAAUGCCUUAACAGCAAUACUCAUUACAGUUGCUGAUGAACUGUACAUGUUAGAUUGAAUCUGGAAUAUUAAACAGUCAUCGACUUCCUCCAGUGAACAGAAUGAGGAGGAUCUUAGCAUGUAUUAGGGAGACAAGAAAAAUUAAGAAAAACCGAUAAAAAGAAAUGUAGAAAUUAAAGAUGUUAGACUUUGAUGGAUAUUGUGGGAGUUCCAGAAGAUGCUGCCCAUCUGAGGUCUGCACCAUGACCUGGCAAAGGAAUAACUAUGUGCUGGAUAGAAGAUGAAGUACUCUUUUUAUCCCACAGCAGUGCACCAUGAGUGACCAACACUGAGCACAAUACUACUUAAGUGAUUCAUUUACAUAGACAUAUUGCUGUUGGUAACUAUAAUCAUGAUUAUUAUGUGUAUUAUGUUAGGUGUUCAUUACAACAGGUAUUAUUAUAAGCAGCUAAAGUUUGCUAUCCUGGAAUGUAGUUACUUAUUAUUCAUUGAAGAAAAAUAUUUCUCGUGUAAACAGGUUUUUAAAAUCGUACCUACAGUACAUUAAGGCUUCUCUAAGCAUACAUUUCUCACCCCCAUACAUUUAUAUAUCCUACUCACAACUUGUUGAUGAGUAUUGCUGAUGAGUGCUACUGAAAAUUGUUACAACACUGAUAAGAAGAAAUCAUAAUGAAAAUACACAGAUUCACUUUAGGUUAGUGCAACUGUAUUAUAUAAAAUGAUUAGUAUAUUUAUACUUUCAAGUGUCAGGUGAUUUUAGCUUUGUUCUGGACAAGACACUUGUUAACCAGCACAAAUGAUUGGCUGACAAUAUUUUCUCAGCCUUGUGUGACAUGGAGGAGCUGGCCCUUUAUCUGAACCUUGUACUGUACUUAUAUUAUAAUAUUAAAUCAGUCAAUAUAUUGACGUAUUGUCCCUCUCGCCAGGUAUGGUGUGAUGUUCACAGUCUUUCUGUCAUCUGUGAUUGCCAAGCUUUUGUGAAUUGUUCCAUUCUCGCAUAUUUCACUUCUUUACUAGCCAUAACAGUUUAUGUGCAUAUCUUAUAACUUCUUGAUGUUAACUCUGUGUAUAUAGUUGGAUGGCCUGUCAUUCCAAACCGAAGUGGAAAGGCAAUGUCUAAGUGUGCGAAUUUUAUUUUUAUUGGUGUAUACAGUACAUUAACAUAGAGAGUACAGUACAGUACCCUACCAACAAGUUUAUAAUAAAAACAAAUCCUUAUAAUCACUUCCACUUGAAGUGCUGGUUAUGUGUUCUUAAAGUUUUUGAAGGAUUUCCUUAUAUUAUGCAUAUAAAUUACUGAUAGAUGAUAUUAAUGGCUGAAAAUGUUUUGAUAAUUUGGCCUGUGGUAGAAUUUCCCCAGUUGUCCACAGUAUGUGGCACCUUGAAGGUUUAACUCCCACACCAAAACACACUUAAGAGUUGGAGGAAAGUACAGCAUAUACAUGUUAGAUCUUGUAUUGAGUAACCUUUAGUCAUAACCUCAUAUGCUUUCCCAAAGUGUCUAGCUAAAGACCAUAAUUUUUACAUGGAAUCAUUAGUUGUGCAACAUUGAUGUUUAGAUUUUAUGAGGAUAUUAACUGUGACACUGGAAAAUUUAUAGUACACAUGAAUUAUUCAAAUCAUUAGCUGAGUCACCUAGGUUAUGUGUUGUUGUAGUAAGUUCAUCAAGUCUUUCUGUUAACAUAUGUAGGCUAUUACAAACUUUGCAUGAUUUGUGUCAAGCAGAUUUGAACAGUCAAAGCGUCCCAUGAGAUAUUUCCUAUAUGAAGCAUAAUUUUGGUGGAGUGUUGCUGUAAAUUUCUAAUCUUCUACCACAGUUUCAUUAAGCACUAGAAUUUGUGGAAGUCUACAUUAUUGCUUACAGUCUCUUAACAUAUACCUGGAUUUAAGAGUACAUAUCGAUGUUAAUUGUUUAGAUCAUAUAAAAGACUAAAAUAAUUUCCUCAGUGUAAAGUACAUAAGGCAAUUGUUGUCUAGGACAGGACCAAAGCUCAACAGUUAACAAGUUAUGAAGGUUUUUGUAGAAACAUCCCUGAUCAGUUUGACUGUUCUUGGCACUUGCUGUUUGUUCAAGUGUAUCACUUGAGUACUCUUAGCCAGUUAACAGGCACCAGACAAAUUCCCAAAUGAUAAUAAAUGCUUUAACACUAAAUUUAAUGUAUGCGGAUGUUUAUUUCCAUUCCCAGUUUAGUAGUAUUGGGGGAGACUUAGGUUUUGGUGAUCUUAGGUGACACUUAAGAAUUGGGUUUGAACUUGUAAUACCUUUUUUAUUUAUUUUAAUAGCUGUGACCUUUUACUGAUUAUAUAAUUGUUCCUUCAUUGUUUUUAUUUUAUGGUACAACUCCCUGACUUUGUCAUAUAAUUACAGUAUCAAAUAUUACAAGAGUUGAGACAAUGAUGAAUUUAAGAGGAGCUUAUCUUUUGUAUAGAAAGAUAUUUUAAAAAGUAUAUAUUCCGGUAAUCAGAUUUUAAAGGAACUACUGUACAAAAGAAUAAUAUGCCAGAAUGUAAAUAGAAAGUUUCACAAAGAAAAACAGGUUAAGUUAUGGUGCCACAUAAAAAAUUGUGCACAAACCAUGACACUUAAGGAAUACAAUACAUGAAUAUAACAUAGUAUGAACCAGUCUCCUUGGAUGGCAUCUUGAAUGCCCAUAAACAUUAUCACUCUCAAAAUAGUUGAAAGUAAUUGUUUUAAGUGGUAAUCAGCAACUUGCUUUUCUUUCUGUUUAUGAUAAGAAAAUAUUCAAUUGAUUUCAAAUUUCAGAUAAAAUUGUUGGCCCCCUUCACAAAUAUUACAUAUAUAUUAUUGUAAUUUUAUUGUCUCAGUGUUAUUUUUAUAAAUCUAACCAAUUAAGACUAAUGUUAUGCAUAUGAAGGUUUUGGGACAUGGUAGCAUGCUUGAAGGUGUUAUGGAUCCUGUCUUGCAUACAAGCAACAGGCAAUUACAAACAUUAUUUAAAAUAUUAGUUAGUUUGGUCUCUCUUGCCCCAAUACCUCCAAUAUGCAACAGUUAAAUCACAAAGAAGUUUGUUAUGUAGGAAAUAUGUAGAAUAGAGGAAAGCUGCAUUACAACUAAUUAACACCACCGAAAACAGGUUUUCAUAGUGUUCCGAUUUAGUCAUUCCUCACAAAAAAUUACUUAUUUUCAUGACUCUUAUUUGUGAUUUAACUGGUUUGACUGUCAGUUUUAUCCUCUAAUGCCCCAGUUGUGUCAAUCUUUCAGAUUAUAAGAAAAUAAAACAAAAACAUUU